CUGAUGAACUUGUGUCCCAUCGCCUUGAUUAAUAGUGAUGCAAAAGUGUUUACCCAUCUCAUGAAUGCUCAUAUGAUUUCUGCUGUUACCACACUUAUCACCCCGUAUCAAACUGGUUUUGUUCAAGGUAGAUUUAUAGCUGAUAAUGGGAUGCUG